GGGGAGAUACAUCAUAUGGAGUAUUGAGAAUGACAUAUAUUAUUGCGCAAAAUCACGAUGCUCCCUCAAUAAGCGGUGUUCAGUCUCAGGUCUACCACCGCCGUCCAGAUCUAUGAAUAGAGCAUUUUGGUCAAUGAAGUGAUCCCUCCAUGAAAACAAAAUACAUGGAGCUACAAUGUCCGCGUAAUCAUUCUUUCCUCUUGGAUUCCUGAAAAUAAUACCACAAAAAUUGAGCUCGAGGGCUUUUAGUAUAUAUACUAACUGAUCUUACUACUUGGUGCGGUCUUUGAACCCUUUAUACGAAAUUGAAGGCCUUCUAAAAUCUGCUACAUAAGCCUCACACUUUCCUAUGCAUUAGAACAUCAGAUUACCAGCCACAUCUUUCGCCAUUGUCCUAAGUUCUCCGUCCCUCUACAGUCAUGCACAUGGCACGAAAGACCGUAUACACUCCUUGCAAGAAUGAGAGUGGAAGGUUUUGGCUCAAAUUUGGAGGACGCACCAUCAACUUUAUCAUGACCAACGAGAAGAAGGAUAAGCAGGACGCCAACCUAGACUCAGCGCCUCUCAAAGGUACUAUACACAAAGCUCCUGUUCAAAUUGCCUCCUGGACAAGAUUUAACAAUCAUGAAGGACCAUUUGAAAAGGGCUUGUGGGUUGGAUUUGGCUCGAAGAAAUCCAAGCACGAGAAAGUGGAAAACGAGGAAGAUGCGGAUAAGACGAGUGAUAUGGAUGAUAAAGGCCUUGAUAUGAAGUGAAUAUAGCAGGUAGGUGUUUGAGAGCUAUAAGAUGGCGAUCGGGAGAACUUGAAGAUGUUGGGCAUAUCGUUCUGGGAUACGGCACUUGAGGGAGUACUUGGACACUGAGACGUAAGUUAAAUCCCACGCCGACUUUGUAUUUGUCGUCGGUAGAUGCUGCUCGGUAGAUGCUGCUCGGUCGGCAUUCGACGUUUCAAUUCUGUGUUAGGUUACA